AUGUGGAAGAAUACGUUCGGAGUUGCGAUACAUGUCAACGCGCUAAAGCCUCAAACACACAAGAAGAAUGGGAUGUUGCAACCUUUAGAGGUCCUCUCUAUGCCUUGGAGUUCCAUUUCAAUGGACUUUAUCACCAAAGCAACCAUCGAAGAACUUGCUCAAAUCUUCCUCCGGGAGAUAUGGCGACGGCAUGGACUUCCUGAGGAGAUUAUCUCCGAUCAGGACUCUAGAUUCGAAACAUAUCGUCCUCAAACUGACGGGCAAACUGAGAGACGGGACGAUUGGGCAGAGCUACUCCCACUUGCCAAGUACGCCUACAACACGGCCACCCAAGAGUCAACCAAAGCAUCGCCAUUCUACGCGAACUAUGGGUUUCAACCAGAUUCCACUUGGCCCUCACUUAAACGGAAACUAGACAACUUCGACGCGUCCAGCGCGGCACAAGCACAGCAGAAAAAAUGGUAUGAUCAGAAACAGAUGAGUGCUCCAGAACUGAAGGUUAGGGACGAGGUGAUGCUGGACCGACGCAACAUCUUAACCAAGUGA